CAAAAAUGUACGCGUUAAAAUUUUUAGUUGUAUUAUCUUUUUGUUAUGUAGCCGCAGGGUUCCAAUUUUUAGGAGGAAUAUUGAUUUAUCCUGGAACAAAAUGGUGCGGACCUGGAAAUAAAGCCGCCAAUGACAAUGAUUUCGGUACCGAGAUUGGUACCGAUAAAUGCUGCCAGGCACACGAUGGAUGUCCAGAUGUUAUGGCAGGUUUCCACUCAAAGUACAAUUUAUUCAAUCCAAAUUUUUAUACGAGGCUGAACUGUAAUUGCGACACACAAUUCUACAGCUGUUUGAAGAAUGUAAAUACUAAAGCUUCAAAUGAAAUUGGACGUAUAUACUUUAACGACAUACACACCAAGUGCUUUAGUGGACAAGGAAAUUCAUAUGAGUGGGACGAUGAACAACAUUAUUAA